AUGUCCUUGUGGGCCAAAGUCGAUCGUAAAAACUUCGAGAACGAUUUAACCAGCCUCGUUGCACAUGGCAAGUAUCAAGAUCACAGUCUAUUGGCUGAGGUGGACAGGCCGAGACGCGUGGAAGGAGCACAGAUCGAAACAGCGCUUUCGGAAGAAGACGAACGCCAACUUGCUGAUGAUAUCGCCUUCUUGACUUGUGUGUCGCAGGGCCGAGAUGGGGUAACGGCAGCAGCGGUACAGCAAUUUCCCAACAAGCCAUUCUUGCGGGCAACAGUUUCUGCCAAUGCGGGCAUACCAGAAGCUACAAAGACUGCAGUUCAACGACUGUUCGCUCACCUUGAAGAAUGGUCGCGGGGGAAGUCGACGAGGAAGGACACUCUGUCGAAAGUCCAGACCACGCUCGUCACCCUUCACCGAGACCGCAUCUUUGAUCGACUCGGCAUUGUAAAGAAAGCAGGAACCAUUGGGUGUGGGAUAGAGAAGUCCGUUGAGAUGAUUUUGUCACAAGCAAUGUCCACAGGUUCCCAUGAUGAGGAGCAGCUUGGCUUCCAUCGGCGUCUCAAGAAAUUUCAGCAAGCUCUCCAGCAGAUCAUGGCCUCGCAGGUGGGCGACGAAGAACGAAAAGAUUUCAUUCGGCUUUUGCGGUGCGCCAACAAGCUGAUGUACUUCCAAGAUCUGAUUUCUGAGCACUUUGGAGUGGACUGGAUGCGACAGCUGCGUGCUCUUGCGAACUAUCACAGAAUCUUUCAUUAUCUCAUGACAUUAGCGACCCGCGCGAAAGCCCUGCAGUACUUCUUGUCUUAUUUGAACUAUCGCGUCUCAAAGUUUGGCGCAGUUAUCAUGGUUAUUUUACGCGCAAUAUAG